CGCCGAUAAUGAUUUUUAAUAUAAAUAUCUAGAGAUUUUCUUUCAAAACAACAGAUCUUGACAUAGUGUUGAGGAAUACACAGUUUAAAUAUCUUUGAUUUAAAAAUCUGAUAAUCAAUAUGCAGUCAACAAUCAUAAUUGGAUUCGCGUUAUUGGCUUGCGCUUUUGCGUUUCCUCGUGACAUCACGUGGGAUACCAAAGCAGGAGAUGGCAAGGUCUUCGGCACCCUCGGCAACAAGGACGAUGGCAGUCUCUUUGGUAAAGCGGGCUACAAGCAAGACAUAUUCAACGACGACAGAGGCAAGCUGACCGGCGAGGCGUACGGUACUCGUGUGCUGGGCCCCACCGGUGAUGCCAGUCUCUUGGGCGGCAAGCUCAACUGGAACAACGCCGCUAAAGACGCUGCGGCUAACUUUGAACUAACCAAGCAGAUCCAUGGAAGAACUGGCGCUCAGGCAGAUCUCUCCAAGGUGUGGAACCUGGACAAGAACACGCGCAUCUCAGCGGGAGGCCACGUAUCGCAGGCUGACCUCGGACGCGGCAAGCCGGACUACGGCGUCGGCGCUAAGUUCGAACACUUCUUUGGCGGUUUCUAAUAGACCUUAUAAUAUCCACAAUGCACUUUAAGUACCUACAUAAUAUUUAAAGUUCUGUUAUUUCCUCUGUAAGUUAAAUUGGUAGAUAAAACUAGAUUUCUGUAAAAAACUAGGUAACAUUUCAAUGUAAAAAAUAACUACUAACUGAUAAUAAUUAAAAAGAUAUUUGUUUACGUUUGAUCUAGUUAAUAAAUACACUAUUUCUACCAAACCACUAAUAAUUACCAAGGUACUUAUGAUAGAAAUAUUUUAUAAACAAAAAAUACCUAUUUUUAAUGUAAUAAAUUGCUAUUUCAAAGAAAAAUUAAGAACCUGUCAGAAAACUCAACCCAAAGCAUUAGAUUAGUUUCAAUGUUUUUACCUUCUUAACCUACUUAAUUAUUGUGUUACUUUUAAUUAAAAUAUUUUUGUGAUUGGCCUAGUCAUGUCGGUUAGGUAAUAAAUAAAUGUUUUACAUCCAUAAA